AGCCUCAAAAUCCAAUAUGGCUCCUGAUGGUUGAAAACAGCUGCAGUUUAGUUUGUAUCAUCUUUCUUGUACAGAGCACAGUUCAACCUCUGUUUGUCAAAUUAAUCCAUCUAUUUAAAGAUAAGAAAUUUUAGAAAGUAUUGCUUUGUCAGAAUGCCACUGUGCAAAGUAAUUUCUAGAUUGUAUCUGGAAGAUGGUUAAGGUGGGAUUGGUGUAGUUUCUGGAUCCAUGGUCCAGUAGUUCUCCUUGGACGAAACACUGUGCUGUGAACAGCCACAUUUCAUGCCCAGAAAAAACUAAAACUGCUAAUGUAUUAAGUGGCAAAGGGACAAAAAGACCAGCAUCUCUCUUCAUGAAAUUCAGUUUGAAAUAAAGAUUCAUGUGUUUAAACAUGUUGAGGGGAAGCUCCACAUCUGUGGCUGGUAAUUAUCCUUGAAUGGUUAGAAAUACUUUUUUUCUGGGUAUCACUACAAGCGCCAAAAGCACAACCAGUUUUAGGUCCUUGGUUUUAUGUCAUCUGAACUUGAAAGCCGGCAGGAAAUUCCUCUGGUAUUUCCAUUUUGUUCCCACUCAUUUCUAAAGUAUCUAUGAGGCAUAGAACGUAAACACUGAACCACAUCUUCGCCUGUAAACUAUGAUUUGUGUUGACACUGGGCUGAGUGUGUCUGAAUGAGUCAUGUUGUUAGAAUAAGAUAAUUGUUAGCAAAUAAUUUGCUUCCUGUUGUGUUGCUGGCUCAUGUUCAAAUUUAUUCAUCCAUCUCUGGCUUCAAACACACCUCUUGAGCUGAUUUAUUAAGAAGGUUUACGCUCCCUAAAAGCAACACCUGUGAAGUUUCGUGGCGUCUCCUCCGAUCUUGUGCAUCGGUUAGCUCAUCUCUAAACAGGUUGGAUUCUGUUUAGACAUUACCGACCCCGCGCACCUGACACAUUUCCUCUGGGAACAGGGUAUUUAUUUAGAUUUGCAGUCUGGACUGCCUGAUACCUUCCAAAAGUACGACCAUCUGCUCCUCAUUUGCCGCUCGAGGGCUCACGGGCUGAAACACGGGUCCGGAGAGGAGGGAAAUGCGAGAUCCUCAACAAGAGUCAUGGUUUUAUCUCCGGCUGACUCCAGAUUGAAUCAUGAAACACUUCUUUUGUGAUAACUCUGUUUAGAUGGGUUUUAAUGUCAUCUCAAAGCCUUUUAAACCAAUUGUGAACUUUCCUAAUUCCCCCUAAAUGAUUGGAAAGCACUUGCUUCAGCAGACCCUAUCUGCCCAGUUGAGGCUAUUACCAAUUGCCUGCUUAAGAUGGCAGACUCCCUUGCGGCAGAAGGUGAAUGUAAGCUCCUGCUCAGGCCAAAGCAUCCUUUAGUGCUCCUGGAGUUAGAGCCAGGAAGAUUAACAUAUCAGGAGUAAUCCGACUCGGCCCACAAGCACAACUAUGGAGGAGGAGGAGCAACAGUUUGAGGGGGGGAGAGGCAAGCAGAGGCAUCAGAAAGAAGCUCUCUGCUCCACUUAAGAGUAACCACGCUCUCCCUCCUCACCCUAACCCAUCCUCUCCACCCGACAGAGUUCCCCCCCGGGAGGACAACAGAGGACCUGCUGCUGGAAAAGAGGGUUAAAGGCUUUCUUUUUUGCAAGACAGAAGAGCAAGAAGUUCUGCGCGAAGAGACAUGUUGAUGGGCGUUUUCUGAACUGAAGCCUACAGUCCCUUCAAGCUCUUUUUCCUCCCCACCUUCUUCUUCUUUUGAAUGGAUCAAUCUGGCUGCCACAAAGAGCAUGCUUACAUUCAGAGGAAUGUUGAUUUUGAUCUUCACCACUCAGAAGAGUUCAAUGGAAAAGCAAAUAUGAUCAAAGAAUAAGACAUCCUGGACCUGAAUCAAGUCAGGACACCUCCUGUACUCGCGAGGCGAAGGAGCUGUGACACAAUUCAUGGGAAAAGAGAAGGACUCCUGCCUAUGCUCCUCACCUGUGAUGAAGAUGGACGUACCCAGUCAGCACUUGCCUGAGGAGGUCAGCUGAAGCCGACGCCACGCAGCUAAGUCUGGAUUAGCAGGCCGAACGAGUUUCAAUGCUACCCCACGUUUUAAGAUGAAGUUAUGGAAAGGUGCUACUUUUGCCUUCGUGCUCUGUGCUGCAGCCCUGUCCACCUUCCUCAUUAGAAACAUGGCCUCCAUCAGAGAGUUCAGAGUCCAAGUGAAACAUCCGCGAGCAUCUUCUACGUCAGAACCGUCCCCCAAAUCCUCUUCAAUAUCUUCAGCUGAACCACUAGUGCUGCCCUGGCAGACCGAAAAUCUUCGCCGGAAGACGCGCUCAACAGGCAACAACAUGAACUCCCUACUAUCAGAGUUUUCUGUGAUGCUGCAGAGCUUUACGGAGGGGGAGCUUCAGCACGUGCUGGAAACCAUGCUGAACAGAAAGAGAAGGAGGGACCAGUCCCUUGGCAUGACCCAGACUCGAAGGACUAAGAGAGCUCACAAAUCCAGACCCUGCUCCCUUAGGAAGCUGGAACUAACCGUAACUGAACUCGGUCUUGGCUUCAAGAGCGACGAGACGAUACAGCUGCAGUACUGCAGCGGUCAAUGCGAUAAAAAAAAGCUGAACUAUGACCUCGUCAUGAAGCACAUGGUUGAAAAAGGCAUUCUUGGGAGGGGUCGGAAGAACAGAGUUAGCAAAGAACCCUGCUGCCGACCCACUAAAUUUGAAAAGAGCCUUGGCUACUAUGGAAAUAAGACCCAUAACAUAAUAUCUAAUGUAUCAGCGAAGAGCUGUGGGUGUGUAUGACCCAAAGUAAUGAACUUCUCAUUUAUUCAAGCUGCUCCAAGCCUCUGCUGAAAGAUCCAGAAAGGGAUGCAUAAUGGACAAACAAAGGAAUAUAAACACCAGCAGAGAGGAGGAAACUAUGGGGGAAUGUUUGUGGCGUUUCCAUGGGAACCCUUUUUGACAGAGUAACUUUGAAUGAAUUCGUCUGUCAUCGCCAGUUGGAAGCAGAUCACAUGGAUGGCGAGAGCCGUGUUUGGAUUCCACGUAAAAAUGAAAAGAAAGUGAAAAUGACAGCACAAACAAAUACAUGUUUAUAUCUUUUCUAUCUGUGUAGUGACACUGUAAACCAUGGUGUUAACAGCAGUUUAGCAACAUGAGGUUUGUGUCUUUGUAGUCAUUUGUACGUGUUUAGAUUCAGAACAAUGCGCCAGGGUGGAUCGGACCAUCGCUGUUACUGCACUUCAUUCAAACUCCUAUUAAAACUUUAUUGCUUACAUCAUCCCAACAAAUUACUAGUCAGGCACAUAAAAGAAAAACAUUGAAGCCAUAAAAUAAAAUACACGUUCAUUAAAAAAAAGUCACUACAGCAGAACUUAGAUAUAUUUUGAGAUGUGUCCAAAAAGACAUUCAGUUGUUUCAGUCUAAGAGGAUUUGUAUGUUUUAUGUACUUAUUGUUACUAAUUGCAGCUUUAUUACACAGGGAACACAAAAGUGUUACUUAUAAUUUAUCAAGAAAGAUUUUUGCUUUAGUCCCUGGUACAAGACCCAUAACUGCAUUUAUUGAUAUUGUGUAGAGUCUGUCAACAUGUGUUCUUGUAAAAACUUCCUCAUCUGCAUUCUGAAGAACAAAUAUUAUACUUUCCCCUAAUAAUCCAUCAGGCACCCCUGGUACAGAUAUGUACAAAGUCUUUAGUGCAGUAGGAUAAUCUCAAGGUAAUAUUUUCAACUUGAGUGCAUUUAUGAUCAUACUAAGAAAAUAUUUAUUUUGACAUAAAUCACAUUUGGUGCAACUAUUGGUGCACCUUUCUGGUAAAGCAUUGUAGCAUUGUAAUGCAGCACUUUGUCUUCACAGAGCUUUACCUUCAAGGAAAUGCUGAAGAGGUCAUAGUAGCUUGGUUGACCAGUCCACCUAGGUUUGGAUGGGUGCAGGUAACGAUCAAUUGGUCCAGUUUAUAGAGAGAUCUCUCUUUGGUUAUUGUAGAUGUUGUGGUUCAGUUGCCUUCAGCCUCAUAAGGCUGAAAAUUGUGGCCUGCAUGAGGGUCAACACCAAGAUGGAGGCCAAUCUCUGCCUCAGAGGAGGCAUCUUGGAGUUGGGUUGGAGUUGAGCCUCGCCUGUAGUAAUUUGAUCACUUCUCCAGAUCGUCAUUUGAGGAAAGAGCACAGUCAAGAAGAAAAGCUCACCAUUUGAUUAUCCACCUAAAUCCCACCCUCACCAACGGUUCAUGAUAUACACUAGACACAGGUCUACAAGAUCUGUUUGGAAAAACUCCUACUUCUCCCCAAUGAAAGAUAUCAGCUGAGGUGGUUUUGGGAUGUGAUCAGGAUACUGCCUGAGAGCCAUGCUUAGGACGUCUUUCAGGUAAAUCUUACUUUGAAGAGACCCUACAGCAUAUCUCUCAAAGGGACCAUGCAUCACUUCUGUCCAAAGAGUUCUUUGGGAACCCAAUAGAACAUGAUAGAGAACUUAGCUGUGUAGAAGAAUAUCAGGAUUUGCCGUCUAAACUUGUUAUUGAUCUCAGGUAAGCAGAUGACAAUGACAGGGUAGAUCAUCUCUGACCAGUCCUUUUUGCACCCCGUCUCUAAGUGAUCUAAAGUCAUGGGUCCCGUCUUAUGAACUCUGUACUUCCAACAGGUUUUGACUGGAUUUAGGUCUGGAGAUUGUCAUGGCCAGGUCUGUGUUGACUUGGCCACUUGCUUUGGAUUUGGCUAUCAUGUUAAAUGAUCCUGUAUGGACUCAUUUUCAGUUUUCUGGCAAAGUUCACCAGAGUUUAUUAAAACCACCUGGUACUUUGAAGAGUUAAUCUCAUGUAGUCUAGCAUUCUCAGGACCUCUGAAAGGGAAACAAGCCCACAGGAUCAUAGAUCCUCCACUGUAAUUAACAGUGGCGAUGAUGCGCUUUCCCACAUAUUCAUUUUGAGUGUCGGUGGCCAAAACGCUAAAUAUUGAUGUUAGACUAGGGCGUUUCCCGACAUGCUUUCCAAUAAAACAGUGAUGUAGAUGGUGUCUGUUGCUUAGCAUGGGGUUUUUCCCUACUGAAUAAAUGUACUCAAAUGUUAUAUUUUCCCAACUUUUUAUAUAGGUUGCGAUUAUGCUACUGAAAUAAAGCAUUUUUUAUUUGUUUGGGGUUUUGUACAUAUCUUUAACAGGAGUGCCGACCAAUAUGUCUGCAUCUUUACAUCCACCAGAAUCAUUUUCACCAAAGAAAAUUUGGCAACAAUUCAGAAUAAUUAAGAUAAUUUAACUUGUUCAAAUUGUAACCCUGGGUGAAAUUUGUGACAUUUUUCUCUUGAACCAGGUUUAACUGAUUUGCAAAGAU